AAACUGUUUGACAGAUCAAUCAGACAUCCGUCAAAUUGGGGUUGGGGAGUAUUGUAAUUUGUUUUUCUUAUUUCUAUUUGGAAUAACUUGUCUGUGUUAAAUUUAUUCAGUAAAAAGUGUUUUUCUUAUGGCUUAUAAUCGGAGUGAAUAUUGGAUAGGAAGUGUUUUUUUGUACAAGUUAUAAACUUAAGUUGUCGUGAAUACGAUAAGUGUAGAAAAUAUAUGUUAUUGUGACGUAAUAUUAAAAAAAAGGAUUUUUUGGGCAACUUACAAUGGCAGAAACUAGUGAGCCUAAGGCAAGUGCAUCAGCGCCUGGAGGUGAUGCUGGAGGUGAGGAGGAAAAACGCGACGAGCGUAUGCUGGAAUGCAACAUCUGCCUAGACACGGCACGAGAUGCCGUGGUUAGCAUGUGCGGACAUCUUUUCUGCUGGCCAUGUCUGCACCAGUGGUUAGAAACCCGACCCAGUCGGCAAGUGUGUCCAGUUUGCAAAGCAGCUAUAAGCAGAGAGAAGGUCAUUCCACUUUAUGGCAGAGGAAAUACAAAACAAGAAGACCCUAGAAAUAAGGUUCCUCCUCGGCCGGCGGGGCAGCGCACGGAGCCCGAGAGCAAUAGCGGCUUCCCCGGCUUCGGUUUCGGCGAAGGUUUCCACAUGUCCUUCGGGAUCGGUGCAUUCCCCUUCGGUGUCUUCACGUCGACCUUCAACUUCGGCGACCCUCGGCCUAGUGCUGCUCCGCGCGGCACGGCGCAGUACGAAGAAGAGCAGUUCCUGUCGAAGAUCUUCCUGUGGGUCGCGAUCCUGUUCGUGCUGUGGCUCAUCUUCGCAUGACCACGCCCGCGGCACCGCCCCCCGCCCCGCCGUCGCGCCGCGCCCCCGCGCUCGCCCCGCGCUCGUACCACGCGCGGACGUCGCCGGCGGAACAUCCCAUGCGCCCGGACCCCACUGUCGAUAAACCAUCGAUACUCUCACGAGUUUUUGCAAUGUAUCAAAAUCAACCAUUGAUAGCUCGGCAACGCUAUCGAACGCUGGCCCGAUAGCGUCGGUGUGAGGUCGACGCACACUUGACGGAGUACAGGUGACCUCUGUGGCGCGUCGUGUUGUGGUACGCCGCCUUUAGCACACAAUGAAAACACUUUGUGGAGACAAAAUCAUUUGUUUUGAAUAUGACCUUAAAUAUAAUAAAUAAUUAGCGUCUCCGGUACAUCGUAAAGUGUGCGAGAACCCAAAUACUAAACUGAGUUCAUUGAGCUCUGAAGACUGGUGCUUAUUGCUUCGUCGGUUAUUUGUUGAUUGCCUUUAAGUGUGUUAUUACUAUAUACAUGAGCGGAACGUUCCGUUUCAGUUAGCUUUUUAAAUAUUGAAAUGACGCCCGAUUUGACAACAGAACAGCUGACAUUGAUCUCGAAACUGUGAAAGAAUAUCCGGCGAAGUGUUCUGUACGUCUUAUUAACUAGCAUACUUAGCGUUACAAUUAAACAAACUAUGUUUAAACAUAUGACGAAUAGUACAAAACAUUUUGUUUCAUUUCAACUCCGGUUUUCUGUACUUACUAAAUGAGAAGUAUAUAUUGAUACGAUCACUUUUAAAACGGGCACACAAAUAGUAACAAUAUUAAAGAUGCCUUCUCAUGAUUAAAUCAAUUAUUUAUAAGAACAAUACGAAUUGCGAUAAAAUGUGGCUUUUUUUUCGUGAUUAAUACACAUAAAAAUUAUUACGUUACGAUAAAAAAUUUAAUAAUAAAAAAAUGUAUGUAAAACUUAAACGCGAAUAAACAUAUUUUUUAUUUUUAAGAUAAAUAACUUUUAAGGUGCGUUGAGUACGUUCAUAUUACAGACACGGAAAUUAAAAAAUAUAUAAAUAAUUUUAUUCAACGAUAAAAAACGUUAAUUUAAAAAUUUAUGAUAAUUGUUAAUGAUGAAAGGUUAUAAUCAGAUGUUAAAAUAUUAUUAUAGGUUCUUUUAACGAACUCGUAUUGUAUAAAUAACCUAUUCCCAUCGAAGAAGGAUUAAUAUCUUAAUUUCUGAUAUCCUCUUUAGUUUUACUUUCAAAGUUUCGAUAACAACUUAUGACAUUCAUCAAUUCGAGGUCAGAGUAGUUCAUUAUUGUCUUCACUUGUGAUUAGAAUAGGUUGUAGCCUUAUACUUAACGCGAAAUAUAUCGUCGUCCUUCCGUGCAGUCUCCAAAACAAUUCGAUGAAAGCAGAUAAGACGGUUCUAUCAAGCAUAUUAUAAAUUUAAGUGUUUUUGUGCGAAUUGGUGACUGGUGUGAAUUAUAAAAUAUAGCAUUUCUGAUUGAAAAAGAAUUAAUUGUUGGUGAAAGGAAUAAGGUAGUAAGACUUAUACUAAGGGCUUUAAAAUUAGGUCGUAUUUGAAGUGAAUGAUGUGACAUUUAAACCGUAACGAGUAGCUUAAAUAGAAAAGUAAUUCUUUAAUCACAACAAAGAUUUGAAAAAAAUAUUAUCUCAGAAGCAUAUCGCAAUGACUUGGAUAUUUAAAACGUAAACAAGAUUUAUUAUUUAGAUGUAUUAUCUAUCUAUGAAGACCUAACUUUGUAUAAUAGUUCGUUAUGUUUCUGCUGGGAUAAAGUGCAAAGGCGCGUAUGUGUGUAAGUCUAGCAACACUGAAUUAAAUAAAUUAAUUUGUGGUAUAUAUAUGCACGUUUUUCAUACUUUUCUAUUUAAGUUACUUUUUUUUUAUCGCUCAUACAAAAAAAACUAAGGGGCCUUCAAACCCGUGGCUCGUGAUCAUAUUUCUAAAUUUAGUUUGUAAAUGAUGUUUUGUGUAAAGAAUCGUUUGUAACGUAUGCAGGCGUAACGCUAGUUAUAGUUCAGUUUGGGCCGGGAGGUCGAUGACCCGACACCACGGACGGACAUAUUUUUAUUUUACGAAUUCGGUAGAUUUAUUUGAAUAUUCCUGUAAUAUAAGUGUAUAUAAUUAUUGUCAAAUGUUUAAACUGUAAAUUAUUAAAAUAAACGAUGCUAUCAA